AUGGGACCGGUAGAUAAACCGACCACCACCAGCCGCCCACCGUCGGCGGUGCACGUCCGCCGUUCCGCGACGCUAGCACAAUGCGCAUCGGUCGGUGUAACGAUGUGUCUAUUGCUUCUCACAGCGUCCGUCGUACAGACAGGACCUGUGAUUCGAUCACGACGCAUGAUUCGCGAGAUUUACGUAGAAAACUCAGCCGCAUCGCCGGCGGUACAGGAAAAUACUUCCUCGGAAGUUCCCACCAGCAGUAACAACAACGCGACGGCAAGUGACAUGUGCCUAUACGAUGGUUCCUACAUUGAGCGAUCAGCGAUAGCAUGCGAGAAGAAGCACGGUUGCCGUGCGAUUCAGAAGACCGGUGAAUGCUGCCCGGAUUAUCAGUGUGAGUGUCAACGAGACGGCAAAACGUACACCAAUGGUGAGAAAGUCUUCGACCCGAAUACGCCGUGCCGUGCCUGUUAUUGCCAGGGCGGCGAAAUAACCUGCAGUGAGGUGAGCUGCUACAAACGCAACGACUGUGACCCUAAGUACAUCCCUGGCCGGUGCUGUCCGGAGUACGAUAAUUGUCCCCCGCUAGAAAACUUCAAAAUAACUGAGUCCGGCAAGAACACAAAGGAUGCAGUUGACACCGGGCGACACGAUGAGGAAACGAACGAGGUGAAGGGAAACUAUGCAGCCGAGGCGGAAGACCUAGCAGGACUUCAAAAGCAACAAACAUCGACAACGACGACGACACUUCCACCUGCCGUUACGCCGUCGAUGGCAAACGAUAACCCGCUCGGUAUCAAGAUCAAAGAAAUCACUAAAGCGGAAGAGAUUCGUCUGACCGACAAUCGUCCCAGUGCGGAAGAACAGCAGCAGCAGCAGCAGCAAUUGAUAGCUAGUCGCGAAACGACCGCCCAACCAUCUUCAACGCAAAGUGAGGAGCUCGUGAAUCUCGAACACUUAGACGUCAAUGUGCCGGACGAUGAUGGCGAAAAUGGCACGAAAAUUGUCCGUCACACUGAUGGCGACGGGAUGCGAUCGGAUUUCGAAGAGGAGAGGAAGGAGUCCAGUGCAAGCGACGAAUCGCUCAAAACUACUUCGGCGGAAAAUCGACUAGAAUCGAACGAAGCUUCCACCGUUGGUUCGGUGUCAUCGACCUUAUCCGAAUCAGACGAAUGGAUGGAUGUGAAGGAGUUUGCCGACUCGUCCGCCUGGUCUUCAAGUUCGUUCGCUAUCAGCACCACCACUCAGGCGCCCUCAUUGGCACCCUCAACCAGUGGACCGCCACCACGUGACGAAGAAGUCGUGUCCGAGGGUAACAUGAAGCCAUCGAAGCAGGAUAACGCCCUGCCAGCAGUAGUACAGAUUGGCGAUAAACUCGUGAUUGUAGAUCACAACCAGCCCAAACCCAUCACCGUGAUACAGGUAGAGGAGGUAGAGGGCUUACAGCGAGGGGAGGACGAUAGUGUGUACGACCAGGAGAUGUACACUGAGCGCAAUCUUCCUGCAGCAGUCGAGAGUGGACGAGAGUCAUCAAAGAAACUAAAGCUGCACCAUUCGGCAGAUUUGGAACAGGAAACGCUUUCAACCCAGGCGGAUUCUAGCGCGGCUUAUGAAACGGUCUACCAUUCGGGAUCCACGGAACAGGCUGGAGGCGGCUCGUCUGAGGAGAUUUUUGAAACGCAACUGUACACCGAAGGACCGGACGAUGCCGCUGUUUCGGUGGAACGAAACGAUACACAGCAGGGAGAACCAUUGUCCGUGAGCAGGGAAGAGUUUCUUCACAUGGGAGACUCCCAGGAACCAGCAAAGAUUCAGCAGGAGGAAGAACACACGACUGCAAGUACUGCCGUCAUUGGAUCCAGUACGUCCUACAGCAGCAUCGAGGAGGGCAGUACAACAAUGUCCGAUCUUCCAGUUUCCCUGAGCUCCGAAGCGUCAGGCGAUGAGAUGAUCUACGAUACACAUUUUUACACCGAAGGACCAAACACAUCUUCGGAGGAUCAUGGACCAACGCUAGGAACCGGUUCGGAAGAAUCUUCAACUGCUGGUUACAUCCCGCGUCAUCCCGCUCCCGUAGCGGACGAAUUGGCUCCUCAGCACGAAACCUACAUUGAGGAUAACGAGCAUGAACUCAUCCACCCGGGAUUCCAGCCUAUCCCGGAAGAUUUCAGUCUACCCCAACUUGACCAACCGGCCAUGGAAAUGGAAAUGGAACAUCAUGCUGCAUCGCCAAAAGAGGCACCAGCGAAGCAGGAAAAAAUUCUCUCAGAAGUGCUAGAUUUGAAGCGCAACAUGACCUCCACAACUUCGACUCCAAUGAGCAGCUCGGAGUCUUCCAAUGUGGAAGGCGUUCCGUCAAGUCAGGAGGAAACGUCCAACUCUCCCGCUUGGUUGAAGGAAGAUCCUCAGCCUCAGCUGAGAUCACCUGGCGAACCACUACUAAUUCCCGAGUGGGAACGGAAGAACAGUACGGGCAGCAGUGGCAAUAGCUCCUCGGAGGAAGAACUGGAUCAGGAGGCCAGUGGAGCCGGUAGUGCACCCAGUGAUUUCCAAAUGCUUAAGAUGGGAUCGGAAGAGUACGUAGACGCUGGUGAGGGCAGUGGGUCUGUACCUUCAACACCUACCACUACAUCGGCAAAGACAUCAAUGGCCGAAAACCGUUCGGAAGAAGAAGUGGACGAAGGUAAGGUGAAGGAACCAAUAUCUAGUGGAUUGGAAUUAGGCUCUGCGGCGAAUUCUCUGCUCGAUAUCGAUUCUCCAGCCUCGACAAACGCGACAGACGACCAGUCGGACAGUGUCAAGCAUAAUCCAAAGAACGACGUGGAGAGUUUGAAGUAUGAUGAAGACGAAAACAAUGCCACUGCGGAAGAAGCCAUCCCGAAGAAGGUACAGCAACUGGAACCAAGUGAGCGAGAAGUGACUGGCGGUGUACAUGCGCCCACGCUGACUAGCGUCUGA